GCCAACCAGUGCUAGAAUAGACCAGACAUAGAGCAGCACGUGUUAAAGCAAACUCUCACACAUUCACAUCACUUAUAUAUUAUAUACGGAUUGUCUGAAAAGCGGAAUCACUUUAAGAAAACACAAUUCCAGCGCUUCUUCUUCUUGUGUUACAUAUAAAACACAUAUAAUUUAUGUUAGUUUUUGUGUUUUAAAUCAUUUGGCUUCACAUUUACAAGUGAUCCUCAUUUCAAAUACGAUUUAUUCUCAAUUAAUUCUCUAAUUCUUUGAACAAAAGUAUUUUGUUCGUUCAAUCGCUAAAUCUUCUAAUGUAAUGCCAAACUCUCCAUCAGAAGUGAAGUUAACCCAAAUCCCAACACCUUCUCCGCCGCAAACAACUAAUUUCUCUUCAAAUGGAUUGAUACCUAAAAGCUCAAACAACACAAAUGGAAAUCAUUCGCCGCCUAAUCAUAUACAGAGUGGCAAACCAUCACUUUCUCCAUCGCCUCCCAGUUCUCACAUGAGUUGCCGCUCGCAUCCAAACCCAAGUGAUUCGGUGUCGAGUGUCCGACAGAUCAGUAAAUUAAAGCGAUUCCUAUCCACUCUCUAUCAGUUUGGUGUCGAUAUAUCACCCGAAGUCGGAGAUAGGGUUAAAGCACUCAUUAUCGGACUUAUCAACUCGACGUUAAGUACUGAAGAAUUUCAUCAAAAAAUCCAAGAGAUAACAAACUACCCGUUGAGACCGUAUGUGAUUCCGUUUCUCAAACUCCAUUUGCCAAUCCUUCAGACAGAUAUCGUACACUUCGCACGACUCGCCAAAACAAGUCCCGCACAGUAUCUCAAAGAACACGAGUCCUUAAUAUUGGAUUCAACCUUUCAAUCGACUCCUCUAUCAAUUGGAGAGCCGUUUGAAAUAUUUCAGAGAAAUGAACCCCAAAAAGAAAUGCAAACUAAAAGACGGACUUCGCCUGAAAUAUUACUAAAAGAAAAUGGAUUUAACGACUCAACGGUAGAGAGGGAUUUGGGUCCUCCGCCCCCAAAAAGACAUCAGCCAUUACUCAGUCCCACAAUAGGGAGCCGUUUAAGUCCGGCCGGUUUGGCGCCUCUAUUACUGCAUUCAAGUGGCCAU